UUUACCUUAAGAAUUCCCGAGUGAAGAAUCGGUUGGAUUUUCAAUCGCAUUUCGGAACCAAUUUUUAAAACCAGAAAAAUUUUCAGUCAAUAAACGAGAAUUGAUUAAUUUCAUUCAUACUUCACUAAUGAGUUGAUUGAAAUCCGACAACUAUCCAAUAACCAUAAACUAUUCAUGGAAUCGGCCAUUUUAAUAUAUAUUCUUUUGUUCGCAGAAAGUCAAACGUCUAAGGAGAAUUGGAGAAAAUACAUGUAAGUGGCAACAAAGAAGAGCAAUAGACACUGAUUUUUCCCCAGAUGAUGAAGAAGAGGAAAGAUCUGAGCUAGACCAAAAGCGAGUAAAGAUGCUCAAAGAUCUAUCAAAGAUUAUUACGAGCAAAUCGGAAAAGCUAUUGAGCUAGACCAGAAGCGAGUAACAGAUGCUCAAAGAUCUCUCAAAGAUUAUUACGAGCAAUUCGGAAAAGCUAUUGAAAAAAAAACAUUUGUAGGGAAGACGAAACGAUAAAAAGAAAAAUUGAAAAAAAAAAAUAUAUUUCACUCCAACAUUUUAGUGCGAAAAGGAAAAGAUGAAAAAAAAUCAUAAUACAUUCAAAUAUUUUGAUAAAGAAGGCCGGAUGAAAUAAUUGAGAUUAUCUAUGUACGGAGUCGCUUGAUUUGAUUGGAUUUAAUUGCAUAUUAAGCAUUCACAUUUAUGUCACUGGACUAUUUUAAUGGAGUGGAUGGCUAUGGUAGUCUGGAAACAGAGAUCUUUGAUGGGAUUCAGAAGGUAAAUUAUUUUUCUGAACAAGGGAAUUUUAAUAUAUUGCACUUUAAUAUUCGUAGUAUACGUAAAAACUUCGAUGAGUUGAUAUUAUAUUUGGAACAAACAGAAUUAAAUAAUAUUGAUAUUCUUGUACUAUCUGAAACCUUCAGAGUGGAUAACUUAAAUCAUUUUAAAAUUAGAGGCUUUAACAGUUUUUAUAAUGAAUCGUUGAAUAAUAAAAAUGGUGGACGAAUCUUAUAUGUCAGAGAUACAAUAAAUGCUAAAUGCAAUAAUUAUAUAUAUCAUGAAACAACUAUUCUGAGAUGUAUCUUGAAAGUAAAUGGUGAAGAUUACGGCCUGUCUGCCUAUUAUAGAUCGCCUAAUUUGAACCUCAGCAGUUUCUUGGACGAUUUACAAAAUCAUUUCGGUCAAAUUGAACCACUAAAAACUGAAAUAUUCAUAGGGGAUUUAAAUAUCAAUAUUAAAGAUAAAAAAAAUUUCGAAGUUAAUACCUACUUGAACGUUUUGUCUGAAAAUGGUUUGUUUUCAUGCAUCAAUAAACCAACUAGGGAAAGUGAAGUCCCUUCUACCAUAAUUGAUCAUUUGUUCCUUAAAACCACAGAUUUAGAUAAUAAAAAAGAUAGCAAAAAACCUUUUAUCAUUCGGAGUUCAAUCACUGAUCAUUACUGUAUUGGUUUAAGUAUAAUUAAUAAGAAAAUAUCUGAUGAAAUAAACAAAAAACAUAAUAAAAGGGAAAUUAAUCAUAAUAAAUUAUUUACAAAACUGAAAACUGAAACGUGGCGAGGGGUGUAUGAAGCAGAUAAAUCUGUUGAAACAAUAUAUGAAACUUUCAUUAGUAAACUGUUGUCAAACGUGAACCAAUGUACAAUUGAAAAUCAAAUUAACAGCAAAAAUAAAAAAAGAAAACCCUGGGUUACGCAAGGUAUCGUAAAAUCGAUAGAACAUAAUGGAUAAUUUAAAAAACAGUUGAUUAAAAAUUACACUUCUGAAUUAGCAACCAAAUAUGAAGAAUAUAGAAACUUUUAGCAUAAAUUAAUAAAGAUAACCAAGAAUACAUACUAUAUCAAAAAAUUUCUGAUAAUAAAAAAGAUUAUAAAAAACUUUGGCAGACUAUUAAUUCGAUAACUGAUUCCAAUAGAAACAAGUUUUGUCUCAGAAAAUUUAGUAUUUUUCAGGAUGACAAGUGUUGCGAUGGAGAUGAAGAGGUUGCAAAUCGUCGUUGCCGUAAAAAAUACUACUAUGUGCAUUCAUGCUCAUUUUACAGGAGAGGCCAAAAACCUUUAGAAACUAUUUCGUCUUAUGAGAAGUUCAUAUAUGAAAUUGAUUAAUACUUUUUUGUAAUUAUGAUGGGACUUUUGAACGUCCAAAAUAUCAAAUUUUCUUUAUUUGGAUGAAUUGUGCACAUAGGAGAAAUGUGCUGCCGCGAAUCUCCCACUUAGGAGUUCUUUCACAGGAAAUAAUAUCAGAAUAGAUAGAAUAAAUCAUUUUAUUUUACUAUUAUUACAAUUGUGACCUAAUGAAUAAAAAAUAAGGAUGAAUUCUUCAAAAAAAUUACAAAGAAGGUCAAAAUUAUUUGCUGACGCGUUUUUUGUUCGGUAUUCGGUCCAGAUUGUUCACAGAUAAGAGACUUAUUUUUUCAGGUUUAUCUUUUUUGUAAGGCAGCUUAUCAUAAAAAUCGUGAUAUUGUUGGUCCAUAAUUGACUUGAGGGAUUGUAAGUAAAUCUUUAUAUUUUGAC